AUGUUUCCAAACGAUAUCCACGAUAUCGCUAUCGCCAAAUUGGUUGGAAAAGGAACAGGUGAGUACAGUCCAUCACCAAGUCGCCGCUCCAUCGUUCCUCUGGCAGCCGUGAAGGUGGUGGCACCGACCGGCCCGUAUCUAGGUCAGCAGAUCCGCAACUGGACCCAUCUGGUCCGGGCCAACUCCCCCUCGGUCUUCACAAGAGAAAGUCCAGAGCCCAAACAUACAGUGCAAAGACACGCACUCACCAGAUGUUGUGGAUUAGUGAAGAAACCCGCUUAA